AUGGGUCUGUGUGUUACAAAAUCUAGCUGAGGCUCAUCUAAUUACAGAAUUAUUGAAAAAAGUUCGAUAAAUAGGGAGGAAAGCUUAAUUUUGCAGAGAAGACUCUCUCACUGCCCUCCUUUAAAUUGGAACAAAAAAUUCUCUGCCAAUUUAAAAGGUUAAAUUGAAACAGAAUAUUUUUUACCAAUUUAAAAGCUAAAUUUUUUUUUUAUAAUUAUAUUAAAUAGUAAAGUUCUUAAAAAAAAUAAAUAUAAAUUUUGAAUUUCAAUUUGGUUUUAUGAAAAAUUAACUCAAAAAAUUAAUUGAUUCAGUGCGAAAAAAGGUUUUUAAAAAUAAUAUUCUAUCUACUUUACUUUUCCAGUUAAACUAGGUCAAAAUGGAAAAUUUACCUAUGUUUUGUUCCGAUCUAAAGGGGGAGUCAGUUAUAAAGGCCCAAAAUGCUCCGAAAUUAAAUUUGCAGUUAAGUGGAUUAUACUCAAGAAGGCAAAAUUGUCCGAAAGAUGAAGUAUCUUCUGGCCAAUUGUCUAAAUUACCGACCCUAUGCGAAGAAAACCAACCGAAAUAA